AUGAGAUUAUCAGGAUUUCUAAUCAACAAUAUUUUGUCAAAUGCAUUAGUAAACGCGGUAUUACAGACUUGGGAAGGACAAAUUAGGGAACAACGGCAGUACGUCAAUAAUACUGUUCUCGUUGAAAAACAGGUUGAUGCCGCAAUUGUUUGGGAUCCUUUGGGGGGAAACCCAGUCGCUAGUUUAUCUGGUGAUAUGGCUUCAAAAUCGUCUAUCACCGGGUACUUCGGAGGUGUAGCUUGUGCAGCUGCCAGGAAACCUAUUAUACAGACUUGGAAUUUUAAUAGUGCUGUAAUCUAUUCUUUUGUUUAA